UUUUUAUAUUCCUACCAUAUGAUUUACGGUGAAAUAAUCGAUCUGCCUGCAUUUUUGAAAACUAUGUACAUUUAUUAAACUUAUUUAUACUACUAUUCUUCUUCUUCUUCUUUGGCACUACAGCCACGAGACUUGGCUGUAUAUCUGGCUCUACAUAUCUGGCUCUUUGUGACUUGGUUUGUGACCUGUAGCUGGAUAGUCAAUCCUGCGUGCGGGGAGGCGAUCUUGGAUGGGAUUUGAAUCCCGGUCCUGUCGUAUGAAGUCUGGCGCCACUAUCGCCUCUGUUUUUAUUUUUCUACUUUUCGCAAAGCUUUUUUUAUUGGUUAAGGACGGCCCGGCCGUAUUGCUUUUGGAAAACUAAUUAAUUUCUAAUAAAAACUACAACAGCAGGUUGUAAAUGGUAAUGAAAAGUAUAGGACGAUCAAAUUAUUAUUAAAAUUACAUACGAGGGUGUUCUUUCGCGUCCAAAACAACUGAACCGUUCCGUGCGGAGUCUCGGGAAACACUCCAAUUUUUUUAUUCGUAAGGGACGGCCAGGCCGUUUCGCUAAACAUACCGGUUUCUUCAUAACAAAUUUAAAGCGUCCAAUGUGAGAAAGCAGAAUUCAUUGCCUCAGUGCACCGGUAGCUGGAGAGUCACUGCUACCUCCUGACGGAAUUUUAUCUCUGCCAAUGUUGUGUAACUGACCAGACGGGUGCUUCAUUGAUGCUUACUGUUAUUUAUUUAUUUUAGCAUGCUUAGUGCAGUGCAGUAGAGCUUUAUCAGGAAAAAUCUACUUGGCUACAGCCAUUAUUCUAGAAAAUCAAAUUCGGACUCCCUCUAUAUGAAUAUUUCUAUUAAGCUCAGUUAUAAUUGUAGUAUGAGAAAAAAAAUGAAUAUUUAGUCGGAUAUUAUUGCUUUGGCUACUUAAGGUCGUUACUAAGUUAAUUACUGUAGUUUUCUAUAAAUAAUUAUGAAAAGCUCUAAACAUCUUCUUAAGUCAGUUAAGACAAUUUUACUCAAAUGCAAUCAGUGCAUGAAUGCACAUUUUAUAUAGAUAUUUUAUUUCAUCAGACCUCCAUGAGGCAAUGAAGGAAUAUAUGAUUUAGCCUCACAUCGUCGGAAAACUCAUGGCAACAAAUUGGCGAUUGAUUUGAUGGCCACCAUUUGACGCCCCUCUCACAUCCUGUUGUGGCGAAUUUUCGCACAAAGACACUCGGUAUAAAAGCUCGAUCAGCUGCUCUCUUGGACAUCACUCAACGUGCGUUCCUCAGCAAAGUACAUCCUCCCUCAACAAUGGCUUCCAAAUUCAUCCUGAUCGUCGCUUCUCUGGCCUGUGUCAGCGCUGGCUAUAUCUCGAACGAUCAUCUGUCCUAUGCUCCGGCUGUGAGCUACUCCAACGUCAUCAAGCACCAAGCUCCGGUGCUGAGCAAGACCAUCCUUCAGGAACCCCAGCUGUACCACGGAUACGCUCAGGCCGCUCCAUCGAUCGUCGUCAGCAAGCCUCUCCCAACCCUCUCGUAUGCUGCUCCUCACUCUCUGUACCAGGCUCCGGCUCUGGUGAAGAAUUUCGAAUACUCGAAGCCACUCUCCUAUGGUCCGUUUGCCAAGACGAUCAUUGCUGAACCAACGUACGGCAAGACGAUCAUUGCUGAGCCAACCUACGGCAAGACGAUCUAUGCUGAGCCAACGUACGGCAAGACGAUCAUUGCUGAGCCAACGUACGCCAAGACCAUCUUUUCGGAGCCGAUCUACACCAAGAAUGUGUACGCCGAGCCCAUCUAUCCGGCCAAGCCACUGAUCGCUGAGCCAGUGUACGGUAAGAGCAUUAUCGCUGAGCCAGCUCCGAUCUACGGUGGCAAGGUGCUGUCCUAUGCACCAAACCUCGCUUACGGUGGUAUCUCUGCCCAUGGUUGGUAAAGAACUGUGUCUGUGAUAAAUAUUGGUUUGAUUGUGACAACGAACGGUUGUGUAUGAAUGUGAUUGAAUAUAUGAAAAAUAUUUAUAAUAAAAUCUUUGACAAA